UGUGUGUGCGCGCGCGUGCAUGUGUGAGUGAGUGAGAGCGAGUGUGUGUGUGUGUGUGUGUGUGUGUGCGCGCGGCUUUGUGCGCGCGCAGAGCGAGGCGGCGAGAGAGAGAGAGAGAGAGAGAGAGAGAAGACACUCGUCGAGAGGAAGACGAAGCGAAGACAACGUCCUUCGUUCGCCGCCCGACAACUCCGCGCAGACUGCCCCCCCCCCCUCACCCACCACCACCGAGAGCCGGCUGGCGCACAUCAUGGACGGUUAUGGCCGGACCGAAGAUGAGCUGUUCUCUUCGUGCCUCCUGAACCUCACCUGGGAGAAUUGCUACGAGCAGUGUGCUGCCUUAGUUGGUGAAGACCAGCCUCUCUGCCCGGACCUCCCUGAACUUGACCUCUCAGAGCUGGAUGUCAGUGACUUAGAUGCCGACAGCUUCCUUGGUGGCCUCAAAUGGUACAGCGACCAAUCGGAGAUUAUUUCUACCCAGUAUGGCAACGAUGCAUCCAAUCUUUUUGAGAAGAUAGAUGAAGAAAAUGAGGCCAACUUGCUGGCAGUGCUUACAGAGACCCUGGACAGCAUCCCGGUGGAUGAGGACGGAUUGCCUUCGUUUGAGGCCCUGGCAGAUGGGGACGUGACCAAUGCCAGUGACCGGAGCUGUCCCUCCUCCCUUGACGGCUCGCCGCGCACCCCAGAGCCCGAGGAGCCCUCCCUGCUGAAGAAGCUCCUUCUGGCACCCGCAAACUCCCAGCUCAGCUAUAAUCAAUACACAGGUGGCAAGGCACAGAACCAUGCAGCCAGCAGCAACCACCGGAUCAGACCACCACCUGCCGUCGUCAAGACGGAGAGCCCCUGGAAUGGCAAAGCAAGAGGGGGUUCCAGCCAACAGAACCGCCCGGUGAGGCGGCCUUGCACUGAGCUGCUGAAAUACUUAACAGCCACUGAUGACAUCCUGCUCCACACCAAAGCCAGCGAAGCAAAGAGCACCUGGGGGGGUGCCAGUAGCCGGGACAAGAGCGGCCUGGGUCUGGGUGCCUCUUCCUCCUCGUCGUCGCCGUCCUCAUCCUCCACCUCCUCGUUCUCCUCCCUCUCGUCUAACUCGUCUUCCUCCACCACCUCCAAGAAGAAGUCAGCUGUGCCAUCUCAACAACAACAACAGCAGCAACAACAACAACAUCAAUUACAACAACAACAACAACAACAGCAGCAACUACAACAGCAGCAGCAGCAGCAACAGCCGGCACCACAGCAUCACCAGCGAGGUGAGAGCCGGGCUGCAGCCCAGUGUAGUGUGGCUGGUGUUGGGGCUGGGAAGUGGCAGCGUUGCGCUCACGAUGACGGGGUUGAGAAGUCGGAGGGCGCCUCUAUCCCUGUCGGCCACAGAGCCUCCACCUGCGGCCAUGCCCGCACCAAACUGGAGCACGGGCCGCCCGGUGAAGAAGGAAGGCCGCCAGGCGAUGUGGGCCGCCUGGCCGCGGCUAGGUUUAUUAGGUAUAUGCAUUCUUAUUCCCUCCCUCCCCGAGAGGUGAGUCACAGCUGUGAGCAUUGCCGAGAGGCUGAGGGCGCCACUCAGGCUAGUGAGGGCUUUGGCAGGCAAGGCCGUAGAACGAGUAGAGGUGCCAGCCGCGCACCACACAGACACGUCACGGUAACUAUUAGGAAAAGGGACGAGAAGCCGGGGCACCCCUUACUUAGCCAGCUGCUCACCUCCAAGCAGAGGCCUGCUCGGUAUCGAGCCCACCUACUCCCACCUCAGAUCACCCCUUCAGCCACCAUUCAGAGCAAAUCGGCAGGUAAGAGGUCUAAGAGCCCAGCACAAGCUCCCACAAAGGUGGAGGUUGAAGAGUUGGAAGGGGCCAAUGACAGUAGGAACCAGGGAGUAAGUCAGCUUGAAGAGCCUGAUUCAGGGUCCCUGUUGUCACCUCUAGCCUUUGACCUAGAGAGCUGGGUUAACCAGCCAGACUCGGGGCUAGAUAUGGGCUUUGGACUUGAGCUGCGGUGGCUAAACCAGGGGUUCUAUGGGGAGGAUGUUGACCAUGAUGAAGAUGGUGGUGGUGGUGGCGGUGUUGAUGAUGAAGACAAUGCUAUGGGCGGCCCCGCUGCAGUGCUCUCACAGGGCCCAACAAGCCCACUCUUCCCAGAUACUAGAAUUGCAGAACCCGCCCCUCCCUGCAUCAUACAAGGGCAAGGGCACCCACACAGGCAGGCACUCAGCGAGCACCCCGACGACCAGGGCCUCCCGUUGUUAGCCAAACCAACCACCUUGCCACUUCCUUUGACCCCAGAGUCUCCAAAUGACCACAAGGGAUCACCGUAUGAGAACAAAACCAUUGAACGCACAUUAAGUGUGGAGAUUGCUGGAACCCCAGGUCUGACACCACCAACCACGCCACCACACAAAGCCAGUCAAGAGAAUCCUUUCAAAGCAUCGCUCAAAACCAAGUUGUCUUCAUGUUCCUCAUCAGCCUUGGCAUGCAAGAGAGCCAGGCUGAGCGAAUCGGGUCCCGGCGCUCUGGCCCCAGCCCCGGGUGCCUCAAGCGGGGUCCCCACCAGGAAGGGCCCCGAACAGACUGAGCUUUAUGCUCAGCUGAGCAAAGCGUCCACCGCCCUACCUUACUCGGUCACCCAACACACUGUGAGGUGCGACCUUGAGGAGCAUCGCAGCACUAGCAACAAUAAGCGGGCGGUGCCCCGCGGCUACAGUGACCAUGACUAUUGCCAGGGGUCGGCCAGCACUAAGAGGGACGGCGGCACAGCCACUGUUACCGUGACUCCAGCAGCAGCGGUAAUGACGGUCACCUCGGGUGCCACCGCUGCUCCAGUGCCCACUGCAGGCAUAGUGGGGGACGGGCAUGUCGAAUGUAAGGACUCAGCCAUGCCGCCAUCCUCCUCAUCUUCUUCAUCUUCUCGUUCUACAUUAUCCGCUCCACCCGGUCGUUUGGCUCAGCAGCAAAAUGUCGCCUCUGCGGUUGGAGAAGCGCCGCGCAUCCAGGAGUUAGGGAAGCAGACCCUGACACGAACCCCCCAGAUCCCCUCAAAGGAGGCCACUAGUGACUGGAACCUACUCCACUCUUCUGCCCUCAGCAGGAAGCUCCUGUGUGACCAGAAAAUCCGAGAAGAGCUCAACAAGCACUUUGGCCCCCCUUUACAUGCCCUCUAUAGCCAGGGUGCCAAGGAGAGAGAACCCGGCAGCAGGCCAAGUAAGGCUGCAGCCGCUAUGUCCCCUGAGGAGGGAGAGAAUGGCUCCCACUCCCAGAGGCCGCCCGGCUCCAGCUACCUGCACCCGGGGUUCCUGCCCUUCCAGGAUGAGCUAGAGCUGGGUGAGGGCCGCGAGGGUCGCUUCCUCUAUCCCUGGGAGGGCACCCCUCUGGACCUUCUCUUUGACUGCCCUCCCUGUUCUCCCUCCUGUUCCCCACCAUCCAGCUGCUCCCCUUCACGAGGCUCCGUCUCCCCACCUUCCUCCCUCCUCCUCUCUCCCAGCAGGCCUUUCUGCUGGACCAGCAGUGGAUCCCGGUCCCGCUCUCGGUCCCACUCUGGCUCCCGCAGCUCCUCCUCGCACCAUCGGAGACGUUCCCUCUCCAGCUCACCUGACAGACGCCCGUCCUCGUCUCGUCAUAACACAGAUUCCAGCACCCUCCGUUCCAGGACUCACAAAAGCCCCCACCCUCAGUCUCGAUCUCCUCUCAGCCGCAGGCCAAGCAGGUAUGACAGCUACGAGGAGUACCAGCACGAGAGGCUGAAGAGGGAGGAGUACCGCCGGGACUACGAGAAGCGGGAGUUCGAACGGGCCGAGCAAAGAGAGAGGCAAAAACAAAAGGCAAUAGAGGACAGACGGGUGGUGUACGUGGGCCGACUGAGGUCCGACUGCACCCGGACAGAGUUGAAGCGCCGCUUUGAAGUCUUUGGCGAAAUUGAAGAAUGUGCAGUGAACCUGAGGGACGACGGGGACAAUUUUGGCUUCAUCACGUACCGCUACACUUGUGACGCCUUUGCCGCCCUUGAGAACGGGCACACCUUACGCAGGUCAAACGAGCCUCAGUUCGAGCUCUGCUUUGGCGGACAGAAGCAGUUCUGCAAAUCACAUUACACCGACUUGGACUCCCAUUCGGACGACUUUGAUCCCGCCUCCACCAAAAGCAAGUACGACUCCAUGGAUUUUGACAGCUUGCUGAGGGAGGCCCAGCGCAGCCUGAGAAGGUAACCAGUUCAGCGGCACCUGCUUGUCUGUCACAAGAGGGACUUCUGAUACCUCACUGUUGUUUUCUCGCUCCUCUGAGGACGAGACUACCAGAAGUUUUACGCUCUAUGUCAUAGAGUAUAUAAGAUUAAGUCUAUAGACCUAUAUCAAUAUAAAUGAAUAUAUCACAAAUAAAGUUUACAUGAACAUAGCUGCUGAAGAGCUGGGAAGAGACAUUGCAUUCUGGGAAAGCCAGUGAACCCUCAGAACCUGAUGCACACGUUUGGUGCACUCUACUGCUGUACAACCAUCAGUGAAGGAAGAAGAAAAAAACUUUCAUGAUUUUUUUUCUCCAAGCACUACAAGGCCCACAAUCCUUUGAGGGUAAAAACAUGCAGCUUGUUCAGCCAGAUUUGUUUUUCCUUUUGCUGUUGAUUUUUGUUUAUUUUUAAAUCUGGUGUUUGGAUAUAGUGUUACAAACAAGAGUGUAGGGAAUUGCAUCGUCGAGGUAAGAUUCUCAAGGUAACAUUGUUGUCUACAUUUAAAGAAGAAAUGUAGCCAUGUAUUUACAAAUAUUAUAAAAAGGAAUAUUUUUAUUUUAUGUACAUAUCGGAUAAAGUUCUUUAUUUGUUACAGCUAUGCACUGUAAAACGCAGCCUUUUUUUAAAAUGAGGAGACAAUUUCUUAAUUCAGAAUGUCGAUCUGUGGUAAUUACAAUACUGUAAAACAUAUUGUACACCUACAUGAUGUUUAGAAGACAUGAUAUGAUUGUAAAAAAGAAAAAAAAAGAUAUGUCCGACUGCUCAUUUUGAGGGAGCAUGUGAACAAAUGUCCUUUUUUUUAAUUUAUUUUGUUGGGGAAAAAAACAGUCAACCAUGUAUAGUUUUCUCUGUUUAUAAAGUUUCUCAAUCAGUGUUUUUGCUUAUAAAACAAGUGUAAAAUGCAUUUUUACAUGUUUUUCAUGAUUGUAAAAAAGGUACCCCAUUUUUUAUUAAUUAUUUCUGAAGCAAUCAAUAUAUAUAUAUUUGUGUGUAUAUAUAUACACACACACGCGUAUAUUCUGUUGAUUGCAUUGCUUUGUAUGGUUCUCCUUUUGAUUACCUUCGGUGAAAGCGAAUUCUGCAUUCAAAUCUUUUAAAUCCGUGCAUACACAUAUUUAUCUAUUUAUUUGAAUCUUCGAAUCAAUAAUAUUUAUGGGCUCCAUUUAACAUGGCGUACCUCACAAAAUGUAUGUAGUGUUUUUGUUGUCCUAUGAUUUGUGUUAUUUAACUUACAAUCACUAGACAGGGGGUACAAUAAAUGGUUUGGUGGGGAUAAUAAUGACCUUCUAUGCCUUUCCAAAACAAUCAGAACAUUCAGCUAAUCACUCCAGCAGUCAGACCCUCAUCAUUUUAGUGAUUUCUGUCUCCACCAUUGGUCACGUCUACAGCCCGCUGUUUUUUUCUUUACACACAGAAGCAGAACAUGAAGCAAUAAAAUGAUUUUGCAGGAA